AUGGUUCAAAAACAGAUGCCUCGCAGUAAAACAGGGGUGAAGCGAAAACCAGCUUCCAAAGAGGACCUCCAAAAGGCCAUAGGCAUGAUUUUUAAACAAGAAAUUACAGUUUACAAGGCUGCAAAAGAUUUUGGACUGUUGAAGACGACCUUGCUUCAACAACUGAAAAGCUUCAGGGCAUCAGGUUUGCCAAGUUACGAAUAUAAGCAAAACAAUGACACUAAAAAGGUUUUUACUGAUGCUGAAGAAAACCUUCUAAUAAAUUACAUAGACAAAGCAGCCCACCUGCACUACGGACUAAGUUUAAGUGAAGUAAGAUCUCUAGCCUAUCAGUUUGCAAAACAAAACAAUAAAAUGUAUGAUUCCUCAUGGGAUACCCAUAAAAAGGCUGGGAAGGACUGGUUGAUUGGUUUCCGUAAGAGACAUGGAAACCAUCUAUCUUUACGAAAACCAGAACCAACAAGUCUGGCUCGCUCCACAUCAUUCAACAAAGCCAACGUAAUGUUAGUUUUUGAAAAUUUCAAGAAAGCUCUUGAUAAAAAUCCUGGAAUAGGCCCGUUUACUAUAUGGAACUGUGACGAAACGGGCAUUUCCACAGUCCAUGUACCACCAAAGGUGUUAGCAAAGAAAGGAUUAAAACAAGUUGGGGGUAUGACUAACGCAGAGAGAGACACUAAUAUUACUAUGAUUGCUGCUGUUAAUGCUGGCGGAGAGUUUAUGCCUCCAAUGCUUAUUUUUCCUAGAAAAAAUUUUAAAGACUACAUGUUAAAAGGUGCACCACCUGGAACAAUAGGCGGAGCAAACCCUUCUGGUUGGUCUAAUGAAGAGUUGUUUAUGGAAUUUUUCAAGCACUUCAUCAAGCAUAGCUGUGCAAGCAAGGAAAACCCGGCGAUACUUCUCAUGGAUAACUACGAGAGCCAUAUCUUUGUACCAAUCAUCCAGUUAGCCAAGGACAAGUGA